AUGCGUUCCGUUACGAUUCUCUCCUCCGUCCUGGCCGUCGGCUCCGCCGUCGUCUCCGCGGUCACCACCUGCACCGAUGAUAUCAAGGUCUCCCAGCCCACUCCGGUCAUCGACUGCGAGGUUGUCGACGGCAGCAUCAUCGUCGACGAGUCCGUAUCCGGCAGCUUGAGCAUUGAGGGGCCCAAGAAGCUCAACAAGGACUUCGUCGUCAUGAAUGCCACCAAGCUCAUCAGCAUUUCGAGCAGCUCCAUCACCUCCAUCGGUGGCACCAUGGACUUUGAGAGCCUCACCCUCCUCAGCUCGCUCAACAUGCAGUCGUUGACGUCGGUCAACAAGCUGAAGCUUGCCGGCCUGCCCCAGCUCAACGGCCUUACUUUCGGCAGCAAGGGCGUGUCCCGCGUCAGCGACAUCGAGAUUGUCGAUACCUUCAUCAGCGACCUGAGCGGCCUUAGUAUCGCGACGGCUGAUACCAUCUUUAUCUCGAACAAUCUGAAACUCACAAAGUUCAACUCCGACCUCGUCAACGUCACCAAGACGCUCGCCUUGGUCAACAACGGCAACGCCAUGCAGGUCAACAUGUCCCGCCUCCAGAGCGCCGGUGAGGUCGAGUUCCGCCAGGUGAAGAGCUUCGAUGCCCCCGCCCUCACCCAGGUCGGCUCCAUCAAGUUCAACGACAGCCCCGAGCUUGUGAGCGUCUCUGCCAACAACCUGUCGUCCAUCACGGCCAGCUUGACCUUCAUCAACAACAAGAAGUUGACCAACAUUUCUUUCGAAUCCCUCGAGUCGAUCAAGGGCGACAUGACGAUUCAGAACAACACGGCCCUGCUGGCCCUCGACGGCUUCAACUCUCUGCAGUCUUGCGGCAACAUGCUGCUGGCGGGCAACUUUGAGACCGUCAAGAUGGACAAGCUCAACGACGUCAAGGGCAGCGCCACCGUUACUUCCACCACCGACAUCUCCAGCUUCUGCAAGUUCUUCGAUGAUCUCAAGUCCAGCGGUGCCAUCCAGGGCAAGGAGUCGUGCACGAGCAACAACAAGGAUGCCAACUCGGGCGACAGCACUGGUGGCCAGUCCAACAGCGACAAGCAGGAUGGCGCCGGUAUCGUCGGCGUCAACAUGGCGGUACUCGGUCUCGCCGUCCUUGCCGGCCUCGCCCAGGUGCUGUAG